AUGGGAGACUGGAACUUCCUUGGUGGGAUCUUGGAGGAGGUGCAUAUCCACUCCACCAUAGUCGGUAAGAUCUGGCUGACCAUCCUGUUCAUAUUCCGGAUGUUGGUGCUGGGUGUCGCUGCGGAGGACGUGUGGAACGACGAGCAGUCGGACUUCGUCUGCAACACCGAGCAGCCCGGUUGCCGCAACGUCUGCUAUGACCAAGCCUUCCCCAUCUCCCUCAUCCGCUACUGGGUGCUCCAGGUGAUUUUUGUGUCCUCGCCCUCCCUGGUCUACAUGGGUCACGCCAUCUACCAGCUGCGAAUGCUGGAGAAGGAGCGCCACUGCAAGAAGGUGGCUCUUCGUCGGGAACUGGAGGCUGUGGACGCCGAGCUGGUGGAGGUGCGGAGGAGGAUCGAGAAGGAGGUCAGGCAGCUGGAGCAGGGGAAGCUCAACAAGGCGCCACUGAGGGGUUCUCUGUUGUGUACUUAUGUGGCCCACAUUGUUACUCGCUCAGUGGUCGAGGUCAGCUUCAUGACGGGCCAGUUCGUCCUCUACGGCCACCGCCUGAGCCCUCUUUACAAGUGUGAACGGGAGCCGUGCCCAAAUGUUGUGGACUGCUUUGUCUCCAGGCCCACAGAGAAAACUGUUUUCAUGAUGUUCAUGCAGGCGAUUGCCUCCAUCUCCCUGUUUCUCAGCCUUCUCGAGAUCAUGCACCUGAGUUACAAGAAGCUUAAGAAGGGCAUCCUGGACUACUACCCACAUCUCAAAGAUGACCUUGAUGAUUAUUACGUCAACAAGUCGAAGAAGAACUCAGUUGUGCAUCAGGUCUGCAUGGGCACAUCUGUGCCUCGCAAGAGUACUAUUCCCACAGCACCGAGUGGAUACACAUUACUGUUGGAGAAGCAGGGCAAUGGACCCAAUUACCCUCUUCUCAAUGCUUCCUCCGCCUUCGUCCCAAUACAAGGAGACCCUGGUGCAAAGCCAGAAAGCCACAAGGACAUCAAGGAGGGCAUGCCGAGCCCCACAGAGCAAAACAGCAACUCCAACAACACGAGCAGCGAGACCCGAUCUCCUCCUUCUGACAAACAGGACGAGCCAGAGGAACCGGCGUCGCCCCAUCAUGAGGACCUGGUGUGUGCAAGGUCCGAGUAUCCCACCCUCCCUGUAGCAGACACCCCGUCCUGCACUACGCUGUCCGGCAUUGUGAGGAAGUCACGGAGGGUCAGUCCACCGUGGAACUGCUCCACAGUGGUCGAAGGGAACGGAUCAGACAGUGGAGAUUCCUACCAAGGGAACAACAGCAUGAAGUUACGUAGCAGCUGCAUCGGCCCCAGAACGAGAAUGCUCUCCAAAUCAGACAUUAAGAGACCGAGCAGGUCCCAGAGCCCGGACUCUGUGGGGGAGCUGAGCUCUGUAUCUCGACAUAGCCGUGAGAGUAACAGCCCCACGGCCUCCUCUCCAAACCGCCGAGUGUCAGCGGCGAGCAGUGGCAGCAGUAGACGAGCUCCAACCGAUCUGCAGAUAUAAACCAUAGACUCAACUUCCCAACAUCGCAACAGAAACCCUCAGAAAGCCGUGUUUCAGUUCAAGCUACAUUAAGACUGUAUUACUGCACUUUUCACACAUUAACAGUUCUUUAAAAGACAUUAAAACAAGCACAAAAAGCCAUUGCAAAGGAGAUUAUAAUACACCAAAGAGCUUUGUUUUUUCUUUUCUAAAAUCAGGUGGUCAGAAAACAACGCACUGUUUUCUGGGUCUGUUACAGGCAUCCAAAUGGACCAAUAAUGAUUUGGCUGUACGCAACAGCUCUGCUUGAAUGAUUAAAAAGGAAUGGAAAGCUGAAAAUCUAUAAUGAUGUUUUAGGCGGCUGUUGCUGUUACACAACGGGAUACUUUUGAAUCAGCACCAAAGUGACGUACGGGCAGCACUGCUCUUCAUCAGACUAAUGCAUGACGCCAUCUUAAUUAUAUACGAUACAGUCACAUGACAUAAUCACUUGAACCUAGUCUCUAAUGGGCCGUAGGAAGAGCAUACAUUGCAUAGACAAAACACACAUAUAUAUCCAUAAAUAGAUACAUAUAUAGUAUAUGCAUUAACAUAAUUCUGCAUUCAUAAAAUACAGAAUUUAAUAGCAUAAGGUAAAACUCAAUGAAUAUCACGAGAAAAAAUUAAUUAAUAUAUGUACAAAAAAAUGUAUUAGGAGGAAGACACUCAAUAGAGCGUCCCUAACCAUCACCAGGCUUUUAGGCCGUCAUCAAGUACAGGAAAAUACUAAAGUAGCGUCUCUAUUGGUUCUAUAAAAGGUGUAAUAUUUUCAUACAGAGACCAAAAGGAAACCGGAAAGAAAAGGAGUCUGUGGUCUGAUGAAGAGCAGUGGUGCUUGAAAUGUCACUUUGGUGCAAUAAAUAAGUGGACGUUGGAGCUGUGAAGUGUGCGAGCUGUUUGUUUGUUUCAUGAUUUGCUCACUUUCAGCUCAACACCUGCUCUCUUUGGUUUGGAUGUGCAUUCA